AAAACGCACACAGCUGUUGGUAGAGAAGCAUGGAGAACCUUUCUGGACUGCUGGUUUUCCUCCUAACUAUCCACUCAGUAAAUUCUCUGAAGUGUUAUGUGUGCAGUUCCACUCCAUCUAAUGAGCACUGCAACAGAAAUGCAGAGGAGUGUCAGGCUCCUCUUGAUACCUGCAUGACCACUGUGGACAUACUGGGUGACGUGAAAGCAAUCGGGAAGCAGUGUUCCAGUUUGAAAACGUGUGCAGGAGCUGCAAGCACUGCCUCACUCGAUGCAGAAGGAAAUGGCAAUGAAGUUACGUGCUGUAACAGUCACCUGUGCAACGUCAGCACUGCAACAACCAUUCAGCUGUGCACAUGGCUACUGAGUCUACCUCUGUGUCUACUCACCCUACUCAUUAAACAAGAUGGUUAAAAAGUACACAAACUCAGCUCUAUUCGGUUUAUACUUUUAUCUGACGAGAUCACACUCUGCAAGUGUUCAAUAAUAAAAAGCCAGUUAAUGGUCAGAGCACUGGAGUCUAAGAACCCAGCAUUAGAUUUGGUAAUGGAGGCCAGUAAGAACAUUAACACAAGUCUUUUGUGGAUUUCAAUGAACGUUGUUCACACUCAGGACAGUACAUUACCAACAACCCAAGUUUAAUUCAUUACUAAAUAUAUGUACAAGGAAGACAUAAUUGCACUAAGGCAAGUUUUCAUUCUUAAGUUGUUAUAUUACUGUUCAUGACCAUUCACUUAAAGUGAUGGCACAAUCGUAAUCUAAUGUUUAACCAUAAGUUACCAUUCACAGAAGAAUAACUUGGGCUCUCAUGUUAGAGUUCUAUUUAAUUCCUGAUCUAUUGGCACAAAAAGUGCUCAAAUAUUCCAAAUAAAAUACAACCAAGCAUUACUACACUUGCACAUGUAUUCUUACUCAGGAAGAUCUGCAAAUCUAGCAAAGAAUCAUUCUACUGAGCUGUUAAAUAAACUGUCCCAUUCAUAAUGUGUGUCAUUUUCAAAAAAUAAAACCAUCUACAACAUGAAA